AUGAUGGCAGAAGAUGAUGACAUGUUUCCUCCAGAUGCUGCCUUCUCCAGCACCAACUCAUCCAUAGACAGUCUUAGUGACAGUGGAUCAGAUACAGAAGCAGAGGGGGAAGCAGACUUGGAAUCCCAGAAAAAUGACCUCACCAUUAUCAGCUCUCAGCAUUUGAGUCUCGUGGAUGAUGAUGUCCCUCUGCUGGUGCCCCACCAUGAAGAACUGUUUGGAGAGAUUGAUGAGUGUAUUGGGGAGUUGGAGGCUGAGGAGGAGGUGGCAUCAUCAAAAGGGUCUGAAUCCCCUUCAAAGGAAGACAAGAAGAAGAAAAAGAAAAAAAGAAAAAAAAAAUGGAUGUGUGUCUGCCUUGUCAACUGCAAGUAUGAUGUUGUCAAGCGUAUGACCAGAAAGUUUGGGUUCCGUGAAGUUGGUGAUAACGAAGACUGGAUGCUUUACUGGACGGAUUAUUCCGUUGCUCUGGAAAGAGUAAUGGAUAUGAAACGAUAUCAAAAAAUCAAUCAUUUUCCAGGUAUGAAUGAAAUUUGUCGCAAAGAUUUACUGGCCAGAAACAUGAGCCGCAUGCUAAAGAUGUUCCCCAAGGAUUACAACAUUUUUCCCAAAACCUGGUGCCUUCCUGCUGAUUAUGGUGAUUUCCAAGCCUUUACCCGCCAGAAGAAAAACAAAACUUACAUCCUUAAACCUGAAUCUGGAUGUCAAGGCAAAGGCAUCUGGGUGACAAAGAACAUUAAGGAGAUUAAACCAAAUGAACACAUGAUUUGUCAAGUGUAUAUAUCAAAGCCUUUCUUAAUAGAUGGAUUUAAAUUUGACUUCCGUGUUUAUGUCCUUAUAACAUCAUGUGACCCUUUGAGGAUAUUUGUUUUCAAGGAUGGGCUUACCAGAUUUGCCACCUGCAAAUACAGUGAUCCUACAACAAACAACACUGAUAAUGUCUACAUGCACUUGACAAACUAUGCAAUAAAUAAACACAGUGAUGACUUCAUUAGGGAUGAUGAGGCAGGAAGCAAAAGGAGAAUCAGCACUGUAAGUCAGUAUUUGUCUUCCCAAGGGUACGAUGUGGACAAACUGUGGCAAGACAUUGACGAUGUCAUCAUCAAGACUAUCAUCUCUGCUCACACUGUACUUCGACACAAUUAUCGCACAUGUUUCCCAAACCACACAAAAACAAGUGCAUGUUUUGAAAUCCUUGGAAUUGACAUAAUGAUAGACAAGAAGCUCAAGCCUUUAAUCCUUGAGGUAAACCACUCACCCAGCUUCAAUACAGAUUCACCUCUUGAUAAAGAAAUCAAAAGUACAUUGGUUGGUGACUCUCUAGCCCUGGUUAAUUUUGGAGCAGCUGAUCGAAGGAAAUGUACAGAAGAAGAAAGAAAGAAAGUGAAAGACAGACUUCUGGGACGUACAACGAAGAAAGAAUCCAAAGAAGAACAGGAAGUUGCUCUGGCUGAAUAUCUCAAAUAUUUAGAGAAUUAUGAAGACAAGCACAUAGGUAACUUCCGUAGAAUCUACCCAUCUCCCAGUGCAGAAAGAUAUGACAAGUUCUUCCAGAGUAGUGGCAGCCUUUUUCAAGAGACAGUUGCCUUCAAGGCUCGGACGGAAUUAGCCAGGCAGCAGAGAGAGGAUCUUAUGAAAAAGCAGACAGAGAAAACAGAAUUUUUCUCCAAGGGAAAGAAGAAAGAGCUAACUAAUAACAGCCUUCGACCUGAGAGCCCGUUGCCUAAGAGACCCCAUAAGCGAACUAGCUACUCUCAUGUGCGCAAAGUGGCUGCUACACGCUUCAGGCAAGAGUCAGCAGGUAAAGUGAGUAACAAAGUUUCCAACGAACCAGACACUUCAAAACCAAUGGAUAUUUUAGAUGACGAAGAAUUUGACAGAGUCAGGGGUCUCAUCCAAAGAGACAGUCUAGUACGUGAUAUGGGUGUGGCUGAUAUUGUCUACAAAUUGCUCAAUAUUUCCCAGACAGUGUCUCCACCAAUAGCAAACCAGAACAAAAGUGAUAAACAACUUGUUAUACUGGGAGUGGAGGUUAAAGAGACAUAA